UGCCAUGACGAGUGAGGAGUUUCCCGGAACACUGAGUGUGCCUCAUGUUGGGGCAGGACUAUGCGAGGACUACAGCCCCUCCCAAGGAGAAGAGGCCAUUGAGGACCUAGGACCGGGUGAUGAUGCAAGCAGCGACCUAAGCACCCUGGUGGUUCCUUUUCCUGAGCUUGCCCCUGUGGUGUUCUUCUGCCUCAAGCAAACCACCUGCCCCCGGAGCUGGUGCAUCCGCAUGGUCUCAAACCCAUGGUUUGAGCGCAUCAGCAUGAUGGUGAUUCUGCUCAACUGUGUGACCCUAGGCAUGUACCAGCCCUGCGAGAACAUCGAUUGCUCCUCCGACCGCUGUCAGAUCCUGCAGGCAUUUGAUGCUUUCAUUUACAUCUUCUUUGCUGUGGAGAUGGUGAUAAAGAUGGUAGCCUUGGGCAUUUUCGGGCACCGAUGUUACCUGGGAGAUACUUGGAACAGACUGGAUUUCUUCAUUGUUAUGGCAGGGAUGGUAGAAUAUUCACUGGAUCUGCAGAACAUAAACCUGUCCGCCAUCCGGACCGUACGAGUCUUGAGGCCCCUUAAAGCCAUCAACAGAGUGCCAAGCAUGCGCAUCCUGGUGAACCUCCUUCUGGACACCCUCCCCAUGCUGGGCAACGUGCUGCUCCUCUGCUUCUUUGUCUUCUUCAUCUUUGGCAUCAUUGGUGUACAGCUGUGGGCAGGGCUACUGCGCAACCGCUGCUACCCAGAGGAGAAUUUCACCCUCUCCACUGGAAUCACCCUCCCCAGCCCAUAUUACCAACCCGAGGAGGAUGACGAGCGGCCCUUCAUCUGCUCACUGGCAGCUGACAAUGGCAUCAUGUCGUGCCAAGAUGUGCCGGCACGGCGUGAGGGUGGCCGUGAAUGUUGCCUGGAUAAAGAUGACGCAUUGCGACAGCAUGCACUAGGGCUGGAGCCAGAGCCCGUGGUCAAUGGCAGUAAUAGUGCUGUGGGCCUCUGCAUCAACUGGAACCAGUAUUACACCCGAUGCCACACAGGCCACAGCAACCCCCACAAGGGCGCCAUCAACUUUGACAACAUUGGCUAUGCCUGGAUCGUUAUCUUCCAGGUGAUCACACUGGAAGGCUGGGUGGAGAUCAUGUACUAUGUGAUGGAUGCUCAUUCCUUCUACAACUUCAUUUACUUCAUUCUGCUUAUCAUUGUGGGCUCGUUCUUUAUGAUCAACCUUUGCCUGGUGGUGAUCGCCACACAGUUCUCAGAGACCAAACAGCGGGAGCAUCAGCUGAUGCAGGAACAGAGAGCACGCUGUCUGUCUUCAAGUACACUGGCUAGCAUGGCUGAGCCGGGUGAUUGCUAUGAGGAGAUCUUCCAAUAUGUGUGCCAUGUGCUGCGCAAGACACGCCGCCGCUCAGCUGCCCUCUACAAUGCACUGCGUGGACGCCCCCCACCACUACCAUCAAUCAGGCCAGGGGAGAUGGCCAACCUCAAUGGUGGACACAGGUGCCAUAAUGAAGAACAAUCAUCUCAGUGCAUACACCAUGGCAAGACUGACUACACUGCUCUUGGCAACACCAUAACCCUCUCUGUCGCUCCUAACCCUGAGGGAUGCCUACAGUGUGCAAAAGCCCUGUCAGUCAAAGAUGGGGUUAGGACAAUGGGUACCUUGGUCAAUGAAGAAACAGAGGAGAGAACUGAGGAGGAGACAGAUGGGGAAGGUAGCCAGCUGAGGGAUGGGAGGGAAGAACAAGCAGGGAAUGAAGCCAACAAGAAGUUGGGGACAUGUAGAAGUUGGUGCAAGGAACUCUGGAGGAACAUGAAGGCCAAGCUCUGGGGCAUUGUGGAGAGCAAAUACUUCAACAGAGGAAUUAUGAUAGCCAUUCUCAUCAACACCAUCAGUAUGGGUAUUGAACACCAUGAACAGCCAGAGGAGUUGACCAACGUCCUGGAGAUAAGCAACAUUGUCUUUACAAGUAUGUUCGCCCUCGAGAUGAUCCUGAAGCUUACCGCUUUUGGGUUCUUCAGCUACCUGCGCAACGCCUACAACAUCUUUGAUGGGAUCAUUGUUAUCAUCAGUGUAUGCGAGAUCGUGGGCCAGGCAGAUGGCGGCCUGUCAGUAUUGCGGACCUUUCGCCUCCUUCGUGUUCUCAAGCUGGUGCGCUUCAUGCCUGCUCUGCGGCGUCAGCUAGUGGUGCUCAUGAAGACCAUGGACAACGUAGCCACUUUCUGCAUGCUGCUGAUGCUCUUCAUCUUCAUCUUCAGCAUUCUUGGGAUGCACAUCUUUGGAUGUAAAUUCAGCCUGAGGACAGACUCUGGGGACACAGUUCCUGACAGGAAGAACUUUGAUUCCUUGCUGUGGGCUAUUGUCACUGUGUUCCAGAUCCUAACUCAAGAAGACUGGAACAUGGUUCUGUACAAUGGUAUGGCUUCCACCUCUCCUUGGGCUGCCCUCUACUUCGUGGCCCUAAUGACCUUCGGUAACUACGUCCUCUUCAACCUGUUGGUGGCUAUCCUGGUGGAAGGCUUCCAGGCUGAGGGGGAUGCCAAUCGAUCCUAUUCAGAUGAUGACAGAUCCUCCUGCAACUUUGAUGACACUGACAAGCAGAAAGAUCCUCUCGAGCUUUCAGAUCCCAAGCUCUGUGCCCUAACACCUAAUGGCCACCUGGAUGUGGUGCCUGAAAGUUCCAGAAAGGGCUGUUACCCACCGGAGCUGCUGACUUUUUCUCUAGAGUCACGGAAGAGCAGUGUGACCUCGCUGGGAAAGGGCGGUCUGGAACACAGGCCUCUGAGACCUGGCCGCAGAUCUCUUUACCACAACUGGGGGCGUCCUGUCCCUCAGUCUGCUUGGAGCCGGAGAUCCAGCUGGAACAGUCUGAGCAUGACCUCCAGGGGCUUGGGAAUGGGGGGAGGCAGCUUGAGGGCACGCAGCCCCCGCUUCCAUGUGGGAGAACAUGAAUCCCUGCUGUCGCCGCCACCUCCACCACUGCAUCCUUUGUUGUCUCGCCGGUUCCCCCCACGUCGGGACCGCCGCGCCCUCUCCCUGGAGCUCCCCGAGUUGCGUCAAGUCCCGCGAUCUGCAGUACCUGCCUUCACCCGCAAGAAGAGCCUUUCGGGGGGUCAGGGCAGCCCUGCUCAAGCAGGGGACCACCAGGACUGCAAUGGGAAGACACCAUCGCCCCAGCCUCAUCUCCUGGGCGAGGUUUUCCCACAACUCAACACCCGCAAGGAGAGACGAGAGCUGGAGGAUGAGAUAGACUAUAGCCUCUGCUUCCGGAUUCAGAAGAUGAUAGAAGUGUACCGACCCGACUGGUGCGAAGCCCGAGAAGACUGGUCUGUCUACCUCUUCUCCCCUGAGAACAAGUUCAGGUUGCUGUGCCAAUCUGUAAUUGCACAUAAACUUUUUGAUUACGUGGUGCUGGUGUUCAUCUUUCUCAACUGCAUCACUGUGGCUUUGGAGAGACCCAAGAUUCACCAGGGAAGCCUGGAAAGGCUCUUUCUGACAAUUUCAAACUACAUAUUCACUGCCAUUUUUGUAGCAGAGAUGACAGUAAAGGUAGUGUCAAUGGGUCUGUAUCUGGGAGAAAAGGCAUAUCUGCGCAGUAGCUGGAACAUUCUGGAUGGGUUCCUAGUCUUUGUAUCCCUUGUUGACAUUGUGGUGUCCAUGGCUGGUGGUGCCAAAAUCCUGGGUGUGCUACGAGUGCUCAGGCUACUUCGAACAUUGCGCCCUCUCAGGGUCAUCAGUCGUGCUCCUGGUUUAAAGCUAGUAGUAGAGACCCUGAUCACCUCCCUCAAACCCAUUGGAAAUAUUGUUCUCAUCUGCUGUGCCUUCUUCAUCAUAUUUGGAAUUCUAGGGGUUCAGCUGUUCAAGGGCAAGUUCUUCUACUGUGUGGGUCCAGAUGUGAAGAACGUCACCAAUAAGUCUGACUGUCUCUCAGCUAAUUACAAGUGGGUUCAUCAUAAGUACAACUUUGACAACCUUGGACAGGCCCUGAUGUCCCUGUUUGUCCUGGCUUCGAAGGAUGGUUGGGUCAACAUCAUGUAUCAUGGCCUUGAUGCGGUCAGCAUUGACCAGCAGCCCAUCACCAACCACAACCCCUGGAUGCUGCUUUACUUCAUCUCCUUCCUGCUAAUCGUCAGCUUCUUUGUGCUCAACAUGUUUGUGGGCGUGGUGGUAGAGAACUUCCACAAGUGCAGGCAGCACCAGGAGGUGGAGGAGGCCAAGCGAAGGGAGGAGAAGAGGCUGCGGCGAAUGGAAAAGAAAAGACGGAAGGCCCAGAAGUUGCCAUACUAUGCCAGUUACAGCCACGUUCGACGGAUGAUCCACUCCUUUUGCACCAACCACUACCUGGACCUCUUUAUCACAUUCAUCAUCUGCGUCAACGUGGUCACUAUGUCCCUGGAACACUACAGUCAGCCACGUUCUCUGGAGACUGCACUCAAGUACUGUAAUUACUUCUUUACCACCACCUUUGUGUUAGAGGCUGCGCUGAAAUUCACUGCCUUUGGAUUCCGUCGCUUCUUCAAGGACAGGUGGAACCAACUUGAUCUAGCCAUCGUGUUACUGUCAGUGAUGGGCAUCACGCUGGAGGAGAUCGAAAUCAAUGCUUCCCUCCCCAUUAAUCCCACCAUUAUCCGCAUCAUGAGGGUGCUGCGCAUCGCCCGAGUGCUGAAACUCUUGAAAAUGGCUACCGGAAUGCGGGCCUUGCUGGACACUGUGGUCCAAGCCCUGCCACAGGUGGGAAACCUGGGGCUUCUCUUCAUGUUGCUGUUCUUCAUCUACGCAGCACUUGGGGUGGAGCUGUUCGGAGAGCUAGUGUGUAAUGAGGACUACCCCUGCGAGGGGAUGAGCCGUCACGCCACCUUCGAGAACUUCGGCAUGGCCUUCCUCACUCUCUUCCAGGUGUCCACAGGGGACAACUGGAAUGGCAUCAUGAAGGACACUCUGCGUGAGUGCCAGGCAGGUGAGCACGGCUGCAACAGCAGUCUGCAGUUCAUCUCACCCCUAUACUUCGUGAGCUUCGUGUUAACGGCACAGUUUGUGCUCAUCAACGUCGUGGUGGCCGUACUCAUGAAGCACCUGGAUGACUCCAACAAGGAGGCACAGGAGGAUGCCGAGAUGGAUGCUGAGAUUGAGCUGGAGCUUGCCCAGAGCGCUCUCUGCUGCUUGGGAGGUCUCGCCGGAGGCAAAGCCGGAGGAGGGUCUGGCGAUCGGGCCGGGAACGAGGGAGGGGCCCAACAGUGUGGCAUCACCAGCUCCAUUGGCAACCCUGGCACGCCAACCCCCCACCAAGGACCCCAAGAUACACACCACCCCCGCAAGCUGUACUCCCCAGCUCAGGAGAACCUGUGGCUGGACAGCGUCUCUCUGCUCAUUAAGGACUCCUUUGACGGGGAGAUGCUGAUGAUCGACAACCUCUCGGGCUCCGUGUUCCACCACUACUCCUCUCCCCCCGUCUGCAAGGACUGCAGUCGGCACCCACAAGAGAUCCAACUGGCAGAGGUGGAACAGGCAUCGCUGAUGUCUGAGCAGCUCUCCGACAAGUCCUCGUCUCUAGCGCUGCCUGAUGACCUCAGCCUGGAUGAGCACAGCAUGUACCAGUUGCUCAUGAAGGAUGGAAAGGAGGAGAACGUGAGUAGUCACUCCCACAGCUCUGAUGAACUUGCGAACAUCCAGGCAGUGGAUCUGGCGUCACAGCCCCAGAGCCCUGGGGGACAAGACCAGGAAGUGGGACCGUUAUUUGAAGCGGGCCUCCGGCUGCCAACCUCUACAUCCCAUGACCCAGAUGAAGCCCUUUGUAGCAGUAGCAAUAGAAGAAGUGGUGAGGGGCGCUCUUCUCCACUCUUUCACCUUCCUGCUGAGUUCUUCCAUCCUGCUGGUGCAGCACAUCCAUCCAGCUCAAGGGUAAGGGGUGGCCCAUCAGCACAGGGGUCAAGACUUGUGUCUCCUGCUUCCUGGGUCUCUCUCAGGAUACCUGGGGCCAGUAAUAGAGUCCUGGAUGCACAGCACCCAUCCCACAGCGACUCCUCCCUGGCCACUGGGAGCUCUGAGGGCAGUUUUCAGACCACUCUGGAUGAGGGACUGAAUUUCAGUGUAUCCCCCCCUAGGGAUGUUGACCUGCCUCUACCACUGAUCUCCCCGCUCCCGGAUGUCACCAACUGCUCCCCUGAGCAAAGACUCAGACCGCUUGUAGGGUCCAUGUCAGGUCCUCCAGCUGUAUUUAACCUCCAAGCCACAAGGAAGCACCAAAGGAGUCAGAGCAGCUGUGAAGAUAGGAUCAGCCCAAGGUGCAAUAAGCAGGAUUCAAAAGAUCCCUGUGAUCAGGACCUAGGCAUAGGGAUUGUAGGUGGCAGCUCCAGUCAAGCCUGCAACAAUGAACAUUUGUCAGAGACCCUGAGCAGCGUGUCACUAACAUCUCUACUCUCACCCGGCUCUCUAGCGCUCCCACUUACGAAAAAAUGCAACAGUACAGGGAGUUUGGACCAGAGAGCAAUAUCAUCUGGAGGAGUGGAAGGGCAACAAUUGUACAGUAUGGAUGCCCUGGGUUAUCUGUCAAACCCUUGGACUGAGCAGAAAAGAGGAGGUGGGGCAGAAAGUGGAAUGACCACUUUUGGGGUAAAAUGUACAAGCCACUCAACUGUAGUGGGCCCCAGGAAAAACAGAUGA